UUCUCUGUUUUUAUUGCAAAAAUUUUAAUGAUUAAAUUUUGUUUGCAUCAUAAAUUAGAGAUUGUAAUAAGGAUUUUAGAUUUUUUUAACACUCAAAAUACCAAAAAGAAAAAAAAUUAGACAAAGAAAUGAAAGACCCAUAAUGCCGGCCAUGUUAGUAAAAAACUAUGUUUCUGAUAAAAAAUAUUAAUGAUGUAAAUUUACUCAAUUUUUAUAUAUACUGGAUUUUAUAUUUACUGGAUUUUUUUCUUGUUAAGAUAAAUUAUUUAAAAAAUUUUAAAAAAUAUUUACGAAACUAUGAGUAGAAUAAUGUGAGCGGAAUAAAGUAUUAUUAAAUCAAUAUUUCGUUGCUUUGGUAACCAACGGCAGUUUCUUAUACUUGAUAAUAUUAAACUAAUACUUUGUACAAUUUGUAUAAUUUUAACAUUUUGUUAAAUUGUUCUUGUUUAAAUUAUGGCUAAAUCUGUAACUACAUAUGAAAAGCCUUUCCCACACAUAAGUUUAGCAGAUUGGUAUGCUAAACAAUGGGAACUUCAACAAAAUGCAUCUUUUAAAAGUGCAGAGGCAUUUGAAUUAAGAAAUGCAGGAAAAAUUAUUUGUUCAGAGACAAUGGUAAAAACAAUAUGGGACACAUACAUGAAUAAUACUCGUCUUGCAGAUAGAAUAACAGAAUUAUCACGUUGGAGAGAAUUAUUUCAAAGUUUAUUAAAUAAAUUAAAUGCAGAAAUAAAGUUCUUACAAGAUGAGAAAAUUGACACAGAGAAAGAAUUAGAAAUCCUAAAUUAUCCAUUACAAUCAAUAGCAGAAUGUAUUUCCAUGAGAGAUUGUCGUAGAGGGACAGAACUUACACACGAUGAAGCUGAUACAGAAUUGAAAAAAGAACUUUGUGUACUUGAAAAUAUUAAAAAAUCAUUAACUGACAGAGUGCAAGCUGCAUGGGAAAAGUUAAAUCGUUUAGGAGAAGUUAGAUUUCAAAUGCAAUUAGAAAUAGAAGAUAAAGAUGAAACUAUUAAAAUAGAGAAAGAAAAUCUUGAUUUAGAUCGAACAUGUGCAAAUAUUAGCUAUAAACCAAAUGCAUUAAGAACUCCAAAAGGUUCGAUUACAUACGAAGCUUGGUUGGAACAUUGUCGUUAUAUUAAAAUGAUAGGUGAUAAUGAAUUAAGUGAUGUAUAUAAUUUCCGAGAAGCUAUGAACGUAAUGCGUGAACGUGCUAGAAAUGAUAUUAAGGCUCAACAAGACGUAACAGAUUUCAGUUUACGAAAAAGAAUUUAUCAGACACAAAAAGCCAGGAAUGAAUUAGAAUGGCAAAAACUUAAAAUCCAAAAAGAAAUGGAAAUUUUACAAAAAGAAAUAGUAAAACUUGAAGACGCACUAAUGCAUAAAAUUGAUUCGAUGAAAUGCGCAGAGACAAGAUUAGAAAAUCGUACUUACCGUCCUGGUUUUGAACUUUGUCGCGACGAAGCUGAAUUAGGUUUGAAAGACGAAGUCGUACACUUGCGACAAACUGAAAAAGAUUUAAUAAAAAUGUUGGAAAAUUCAAAAAGUGCAUAUAAUAAUUUGGAAAGCUUACUUUUGCAAAUUGACAGAAAUAUUGAUGAUAAACAACAUUCUUUAGCGACAGAUGUUAUGUGUUUAGAUAUGAGAGCAAUAUUAAAAACAGGAGAUAGAACACGAUUAUCAAACGAAACAGACCGUAAUAUUGUCCUUACACGUAUGGAAAAAGAGAUACCACUUGAAUUAUAAUAUUUACACAAAUUUAUUAAGAACGUUCAUUAAAUACACAAAAUGUCUUAUUUAUUGUUUAAUGAUGAUUCCAUUAUACACAAUAAACUAAUUGCUUAUAUGCUUAUGCGUCAGUGUUAAUAACAUCUGAUUUGGCUUUAAUUAAACUAAAUUCUGAAAUAAAUGAAUCUGU